AUGUGGUUACCGAUUCUUAUUGCACUCUUAGCCCGGCAUGUGUACUCCUCACCGCCGAUGUGCCAUUGCCCAGGUGGACAAGUGGGAAUGUCCUGCCCCCAACCAAUUCAACUAAACUGCCCAGCAAUGAAUUGUCCCCCAGCACCUGCAUGUAAUCCCUUCCCAACGCUGCCAACAUUCGCUCCCGGUAAUGGAAUACAGGGUAUACAGUCAUUUACGUUGCCAACGCUAGCUCCCCUACAAGGUGGAGCAUUUGGACCACAAACUACACCACUUCCACUUCCUGUAGCGCCACCAACAGGUGGUCAGGAGUCGCUUUUACCGAUUCAGGACCAGAAUAAUUACCAACAAAAUCAGUACCAACAAGUUCAACAGCAAGGUCUACCUCCUCCACAACUGCAGGCUCCACCACCGCAACCGCCACAAGGAAAUGUUCAAGAUCCCAAUCUUUUUGCCGAUGCAAUUCCAGUAGAUGCAACCACAAGAGCAACGACUUUACCGAGUGAAAAAUAUGUAGAAAUGGAAUCGCCAGAAUAUGUACCUCCCGCUUCAUUAGACGAGAAUUCUGGAAAGUUUGACCUCUAUGAGAAUCAGCCCAAUAACGGCUACCGACAACCCGUACGUCGAGCUAUGGCACCAUCACCUGCAAACGGAAAGCCAGAAGUGUUCACAGACAAAUGUAAUGAUGAGCGAUUGAAGAAAAUCAUCGAGGAUAAUAUUGAUGCCAAUCCAUCGUCAUCGAAACGAAAAAUUCAAAAAGCAGCUACGGACCAGAUUGGUGGACUAUUCGAUGUGAUAUGCUCAAGUCAUGAUUUUAGCUAUUUGGCUAAUACUCAGCUCUUCUGCGAGGCUGGCAAUGACGAUAUCACGUGUUUCGCAUUUUUACACUCGCUGAUCCAGAAAAGUUGA